CUGACGUCAAAACGCCUUUGAGCUCGAAAAUGUUUGGGAGUGUUGAGAGAGCUGGGAGCUUCGGGGGAUUUUCCAAGAGGAAAAUAAUACAAAUGUAUCCGUGAGAAACCCCAACAUAUAUCAUAGAUUGGUGCACUGUGGUGUUCUACAGUUUCUCUUGGUGUGAAGUUCGAAUCUUCGGCUAACCCUAAGAAAAACUUUGCUGUUUUGUCCGGAGUAAUGUCGAAUUCUGGGACUCGACGGAACGGGUCUAGCAUCAAAAUCAGACUGACAGUAUUAUGUGCCAAGAACCUGGCGAAAAAGGACUUCUUUCGCUCAUGUGUUUCUGUCGCAGGGUUGCCCGACCCUUUCGCUAAAGUAGUAGUAGAUGGAUCGGGCCAGUGCCACUCCACCGACACGGUCAAGAGCACCUUGGACCCCAAGUGGAACCAGCAUUACGACCUAUAUAUUGGGAAAACCGACUCCAUAACCAUCAGCAUAUGGAACCACAAGAAGAUUCACAAAAAGCAGGGAGCGGGUUUCCUCGGCUGCAUCCGGCUCCUGUCCAACGCCAUCAGCAGGCUGAAGGACACUGGCUACCAGCGAUUGGAUCUAUGCAAGCUGAACCCCACUGACAGCGAUACAGUACGUGGCCAAAUAGUAGUGAGUUUGCAGACGCGGGAUCGGAUAGGGAGCGGAGGUCCUGUGGUGGACUGCAGAGGACUCUUAGAAAGUGAAGGACCUGUGUAUGAAGACUCGGGGCCCGGCCGGCCGCUCAGCUGCUUCAUGGAGGAGCCGCUGCCUUACACGGACAGCACGGGGGCGUCGGGCGGGGGCAGCUGCCGUGUCCUGGAGUCGCCCAAUCAGGAGCAGAGACUCCAAGCACAACGAAUCAGAGGCCAAGAGACCAGAGGGCACACCCCUCAGAACCGGCCCCACGGGCACCAGUCACCGGAGCUCCCAGAGGGCUACGAACAAAGGACGACGGUCCAGGGCCAGGUCUACUUCCUGCACACGCAGACGGGCGUCAGCACGUGGCACGACCCCAGAAUACCACGGGGUCUGAACAGCGUGAGUUGUGAGGACCUGGGGCCCCUCCCCCCGGGCUGGGAGAUCAGGAGCACAGUCUCAGGAAGGAUUUACUUUGUGGACCACAACAACAGGACCACGCAGUUCACCGACCCCCGGCUGCACCACAUAAUGAGUCAGCAUUCUCAGGUUAAGGAGUCGGGCCAGGCCCUGCCGGUGCAGACGGAGGCGCCGGUGGAGGAGGGCGGCGGGGGCGGGGGCGAGGGCGAGGUGCCCGUGCGCUACGAGCGGGACCUGGUGCAGAAGCUGAAGCUGCUCCGGCACGAGCUGUCCCUGCAGCAGCCCCAGGCCGGCCACUGCCGCAUCGAGGUGUCCCGCGACGAGAUCUUCGAGGAGUCGUACAGACAGAUCAUGAAGAUGAGGCCGAAAGACCUGAAGAAGCGCCUCAUGGUGAAGUUUCGUGGAGAGGAGGGGCUAGACUAUGGUGGUGUGGCAAGGGAGUGGCUGUACCUCCUGUGCCACGAGAUGCUGAAUCCGUACUACGGCCUGUUCCAGUACUCCACGGACAACAUCUACACCCUGCAGAUCAAUCCCGACUCCUCCAUAAAUCCCGACCACUUGUCAUAUUUCCAUUUCGUGGGGAGGAUCAUGGGCCUGGCUGUGUUCCACGGGCACUACAUCAACGGGGGCUUCACCCUGCCCUUCUACAAGCAGCUCCUGGGCAAGCCCAUUCAGCUGUCUGACCUGGAGACUGUGGACCCCGAGCUGCACAAGAGCCUGGUCUGGAUCCUAGAAAAUGACAUCACCCCCGUUCUGGACCACACGUUCUGCGUCGAGCACAACGCCUUCGGCAAAUUCCUCCAGCACGAGCUGAAACCCAACGGCCGCAACAUCCCGGUGACGGAAGACAACAAGAAGGAGUACGUGAGGCUCUACGUGAACUGGAGGUUCAUGAGGGGGAUCGAGGCCCAGUUCCUGGCCCUGCAGAAGGGCUUCAACGAAUUGAUCCCGCAGCACCUGCUCAAGCCCUUCGACCAGAAGGAGCUCGAGCUGAUCGUGGGCGGUUUGGGGAAGAUCGACCUGGGCGACUGGAAGGCCAACACGCGGCUCAAGCACUGCGUGGCCGACAGCAACAUCGUCCGCUGGUUCUGGCAGGCGGUGGAGUCCUUCGACGAGGAGCGGCGGGGCCGGCUGCUGCAGUUCGUCACGGGGUCCACCCGCGUACCCCUCCAGGGCUUCAAGGCGCUCCAAGGUUCUACAGGCUCUGCAGGACCCAGGCUCUUCACUAUCCACUUGAUAGACGCCAACACGGAUAACCUGCCCAAAGCCCACACCUGCUUCAACCGGAUCGAUAUCCCGCCUUACGAGACGUACGACAAGCUCUACGAGAAGCUCCUGACUGCGGUGGAGGAGACCUGCGGCUUCGCGGUGGAGUGAGGAACCCCCCCUCCCCUGCCCAGCUUUGCCCCGCCCACUCACGGCAGCUGCUUAGCGACGGGCAGGAAACCACUCCCACCGGCGGGAAGCCUGCGGAACGCGGCGGGAACGGACAAACGACGAGAGCCAGCGCCCCACACCGUGACCCCAGGGCAGCAGCGAGGUGGGGUUGUGGUUUUGGGUGGGGGGUGGGGGUGGGGGUCACCCUGUUCCAGAGGGGUCAGAAACUUUAAACACUUUCUAAGAACUCGAGGAGUAUUUAUUCUUUUGUGUGGAUUUGAAGGCUGCAUUAACACCCCAGGUUUCACUAACGAACAAAAAGACAAAAAGGCCCCUUUUCAGAAGAAAAUUCUCUUUCGAUUCUCAAAAAACGCGCGCCUCGGAAUCGAUUCCCGCGUGCGCCCUGGCCCGAGCCGGUUUGGCGGCUUGGAUUUGUUCCGGCGCUGGUUUGGCGGCGCUGUGUGAAAGCGGACGUCCGCGGGGAGAGCAGCGCCUGUCUCCAGAGCUACGCGCUCGUCGACAUGCAGCACGUCCCACGACCAAGCCAGUCUACAGCAACCUGCCCUGGAGGAACUGGCGCAAAGACCAAGUAACUUCAGUGACAUUAUUUAGGGGCUGUAGGAUGUCGGCAUAUGCUUUUUAUUUUAUUUUCUUUUUUUUUUUGUCCACUUGUCUUUUCCCUUUAUCGCCUUUUGAUGUAAUAGAACGGCUGUGUACAUUGAUAGAACGAGUGCUAUCAAUUUUCUGUCCAUUUCUGGUGUUCAAAUCAGAUUUCACUAAGUUGCUUGCAGCAGAUUUUUACCCAAGGAUAGGAUCCUUGUUUUUCUUCCUUUUUUUUCUUUCUUCCUCUAGGCUAAUAUCGUAGCGUAACAGCCAGUCUUGGCUCUAUUUAAUGACUAAGACGACAGCUGCCUAGUGAUCCAACCAGAGAGGAUACACGCGAUGGACUUUUUCAAAUUCUGGCGAGUUUUUGUCAGGGAAGGUGCACUUUUUCAGAAGUCUUGUGGAUGCUAAAGUAGAGAGGCCUGAGUUUAUGUGUUUGUGGCACUGUGUCUCACUGUGUAGUUUGAAAUGUUUUAGUGUGAUGUGUGCACGUUGGAAUUGGAAUAGUCUUGCCCUUCCCCAUGAAAGGUUUUAUGUCAUUUCCUUUUGGAAUACUUUUUUGGUGUUUUCGAAACAAGUUUGAGGGAACUGCUUCUGAGCUUUUAUUCUUGCAUGCAAGAUGCCAAUAACUGAUUCCACGCGCGUUCUAUUGACAUUAAGAAAAUUGCUCUCAUUUUGAAUGUGAGGGAAAUCGAUUUACACGGACUGAAUUCCAAACGAUUCAGUUGUUGCAGUUUUUUGCCAAAGCCAUUGAAUACAAAACCAUAGGAACAGUAUUCAAUAUUUCUGAUAUUCGGUCUGAAAUUAUGCAUCAUGUAGUUCCUCAGUCAUAUUCAUCUCUAAAUUUUCAGCGAAUAGUAUGUUUUUGUUCCUCACUCAAACAGGGGGGAAUAAAAUCGAAGGGUAUUUUUUAAAAGUUUUAAAGCUUUUAAGGAUAGGGUGUGAUGAAUGAAACUGAAUUUGAAACAUUCUGGUCUAGCUCCAAAGGGACAGAUGUCCCAGACCUACUUUCCAGACCAUUUAGAACCAAUGAAAGAUUCAGUAUUUAUGGUUUCUCAAGCAUUAUGAUUUUCAGUUAUGUUAUCCACUUUCAGAUAUGAAUAUAUUUAACGUCCACGCUUUUGUAUUCUGUUACGGUUAUAACUCAAAAUACAGAACUAAAACAUAUCACAACAAAGAUUUAAUUCCUUUUUCUACAUUUGCAGAUAUUUUUUUUUAUUAUCUGAUUUUAAAAAUAACAAGUUUUGUUCACUUAAAUUACCAGUAGUGAGGGGAACAUCAUCAUUUUGUAUAAAUUAUAUUUUAGUCUCUGCUAACAUCUGCAAUAUUCCCUUUUCCUCAUCAAAUUCUUCUCCACGGUUCAGGAAAAGUAUUCAGGACUCAAACCCGUGUUUUCAUCACAUCCUGAAUUUACGAUGAGGCAAAACUGCUUUUUCUAACUGCCCAGUCAAGAUAAAACAAUUUAUCAAAUUAUAAUGAUUGGGAGGUAUGGUUUUUGUUGUACAAUGAUGUCUCAUUUUCAUUUCUGUACCUUUUAUUUUGUUUGUUUUGGUUCUGGAUUUUCUCUCAGUAAGUAUUAUUCCAUAUCGUGAUCCUUUAUUAUUGUAUAUACUAGCAAGAUUUUAAAUCUAUUUUUUUGGGGGCUGAAAUUUGGCCAAAGUGUGUGGAAUGGCUCGAGGAAGCAAGUCGUCUUUAACGUAACACAAGCUGUUUUAGUUACAAAUGCCUUCAGAUUUGGUAUUAAAUACAUCGCGGCUGGUACACUGAAUGUUUUUAUUAAGACCAUUGAAUGGAAAAUCUCUACUAGGACUGUUGCAUUGACCGACUUGACCCUUUAUCAUUUUUCAGUGAAAUCCACCAAAACACUCUCUCAGACGGCGCAUCGUAGGUAUGUGUUGAGUCACAUUUGUUUGGCAACAGUCCAGUAUGAACGAAUGGAAACCAAUAAGCUAUUGACUAAUAUAAACAUAAGCACAUAACAACUUGUACUCUCGUCUCCAAGACAUUGGUACAAGUGCUGAACUAUAGUGAAUGGCUCAUUGUCUGAAAUAACAGUGCUUGAAGGUGGUCAGUUCGAUGUAAAAUAGGAAAGGAAGUGUAAGUUUUCGGUGUUCAGUGCUUGAAGUGCAUGGCACUUGGUUUCUUCUUUUUUUUUUUUUACAUUGGAAAAAGAAAUGAGCCAACGUUUAAGUGUUCCGCAACCACUUGAUUUUAUUUUUUACUAAUUAUUUAUUACUAUGUAAUGUCCUGUAAGUAUUGCUGCUAUCAACAUUUUUUUUUUCCUAAUCUUCAAAAAUCUGAUUUGUGAAAACUGUACACUAAUCUCUAUGUAUGAAUCAAGGUAUUUAAAAAGAAACUGCUGCUAUUGUUCAGUAAAGGUGUAGAAGACUUUGAAGACCGAAUGGAGCUAGCAGUGAGGUUCGACCCUGGGGGUCACUUAUGUUUGUGACAUAUGCAAUAAAUAAUUGACCACUUUAUAUACUUGUUUCUGUGUUAACAUGUCAUUUGUUUUAUUUUUAUUUUUGCGUUUAUUUUUGCAUUCAUUAGAUUUUUAUUUUUUGACUGGAGGAAAUUGGUCGACAUCCUUCUUCGUAGUAUCGGUAUAGUGUGAAGACUGGGGAACUUCUUCAAAACUUUUUUUUUUUUUUUCCAAUCAUUAGUUUUAGUUUUUUUAUUUUUAGUUUUUUGUAUUUUUUUUACAAGCAGAAGCCAAACCAGUCCACAGAUCUGAGAUGCAAAGGUUAAUAAUAAGUGUACUUUUGUGUUGAACUGCAUGGAUGGAGUGUUGAAAACGAGAACGCGGACAUUGCCUGUAACUGUUUUUGUUGUAGUCGGGAAGACAUUUCUGGGGGGCACAUUUUUGAGUGGCUCGAUGACCGGAUCUAUUCCAAGUCUACACAUUGCAGGUUGUGUAUCUUUUCUUUGUUGGAUGCAAAAAUUUAUGUAACAUCCUAUUUCCUUAACAUUUAUGAAAGAGGUACAAUGUAAAUAAGAUUAUAUAAAAAAAAUUAAAUUGCAAAUGACAUGACAUUUUGUUUUUAUUUCGUUUCUUACAUGGUAAUCACGUGCUUAUGGAAUCUGAAAAUGUUACAGAAUCUUAAGGUGCUUAUUUGUCGGAGAUGCUUCGGUUAUAAAGCUUUUGAAUCGUA